AUGGCUUCCACUGGCAACCACAGCCCAGCCCGUCAUCUCGUGUUCACUGAAACAGACGAGGUGGAUAACGCUACAGCAACCUAUAUCUACUCUCAAUCCAAACCAACAUCAGACGCAGCAAAUCAGGGACGCGUUGAUAUAUCGUUUCCAUCUACCGUCACUCCCUCGUCCUGGUCGACCAGAUCGCUUCUGAAUUAUCUCAUCGACGUCUUCUUACCAGCUGGUUAUCCGCACAGUGUUACUGAUGACUACCUUCAAUAUCAAAUCUUCGACUCCCUUCAAGCAUUCUGUAGCUCUAUUGCUGGCCUUCUUUCCUCUAGAGCAGUGCUACAAGGCGUUGGAGUCGGAAAUGCAAGUGCUUCGCCCACCUCGGCUCUACUCCUGCAUAUCCUGCAAGACUCGUCUGGCCGUAUUGCGACAAUCCUGUUCGCUCAUCGCGUGGGAACGGCGCUGGAGCCGGAAUGUAAGAUGUAUCGCCUGGCGGCUGAUGUCUUCAAUGACCUGGCUAUGAUUCUCGACUGUCUCUCGCCUUUAAUUCCUGCCGGUGUCAGCCGAGUCUCGGUUCUUAGCGCGGCCGGUGUACUGAGGGCGCUGUGCGGCGUUGCAGGCGGAAGCUCCAAGGCAAGCUUGAGUGCGCAUUUCGCGAAAUGGGGGAAUUUGGCCGAAGUCAAUGCAAAAGAUUCCUCACAGGAAACCAUCAUCUCUCUAGUUGGCAUGCUAGUCGGAUCAAUCGUUGUCUCGCGCGUGACAAGCUUCGCCGCGACAUGGAUAUCACUCAUCUUACUUCUCAUCCUUCAUCUGAGCAUGAACUAUGCCGCAGUACGUGCUGUCCACAUGACAAGCUUGAAUCGCCAACGAGCGAAUAUUGUUUUCUCUACAAUGUUGGCCUCAGACCCAGACCUGCGUCUUGAUGGAAAGGGUCUUGUCAAAUUGAAGGAGACGUCACAGUCUCAGAAGCUUAAUUUGUGGACUACUUUAUCCCCCAAAGAGACUGCCAGCCGGGAGCGGAUCUUUGAGAGAGACGGAGUACUUAGGUGGACAGCAGGUCCGUCAGCACAGGGGACCUCAACGAGACUAGGAUCCUGUCGCAUUGGCGUAUCGCUGCAUGAUCUGCUUCAAGAUGUUUCGUCUAGAACCACGUCGGGUUCUCUGAGAACCGUCUUUCCACUCACCCGACUAACUUCUCUUUUCUCUUCGGAAUUGUACAUACUAUUCCUUACAUACGGAAGAGGAAGCGAUAUCAGAGCGACGAUUGUUCUUAAAAAGGACUGCACCGGGAAAUAUCAGUUGAAAGCUUGGGCACAUGCACUGCUUGCUGCGCGGGUAUUGAGCAGCAGCCUCUCAAGUGAGAAUUCAACUAGUAACGAAGAGACCGAAACGAUUCUCUGCAUACUUUCAGAGACUUUGGCCUUUUUGAAUGACGGUUCUCGGUUCGAGCGAUUCAUUAAUGCUCUCAGUGACGUCGGGUGGAAUAUGUCCACUUCGGCACUGGAGACACGGCCAGGGAGGAGGGUUCAGAUUGGUUCAUAAACAUUUGUGCGCUGAACAUGCUUUAGUCUGAAUGGGCAUUAUCAUAAAAGUUUCUAUUCUAAAACAAGACUAGAACACUUUCCAAAUCUUGUCAGGUAAGCAGACCUGGAAUCCUAUUAUAAUUGUGUAUCCUAUAAAUGCCAUUCUAGU